AUGUUCUCCACCAUCCGCUCAGCAGGCCGUAUCGCCGCCACCUCGAGGUCUGCCAUCGUGCGCCCGAGUGUGGUCGCCAGCCGUGUGCCACUCGUCGCUUCGAGGGCCUACCACGAGAAGGUCCGUUCCCGAGUCAUGAGCGUCCUAGGAUCGCAAGACUUGGUUUGCUGACAUUGGGUCGUACACGUGCAGGUGAUUGAUCACUAUGAACGACCACGCAACGUAAGUGUUCUCCCAGCGUGUGCUCGCAGGGGGCGUGGACAACCCUGGUCCUAGUCCUGGACCGCAAAUGGCCCCGUGAGCCGAGCAUACGAUGCCCUUCGACCUCGAGCGCCGCAAGUGGCAAAACCGCACCACAGCAUCCCCGACCAGUGUGGAUCCCCAAAAUCGGGACAGGUUAACGACUACGACCUCGGCAAUCUGGGUCACCGUUUUGCAACCCACGUCACAGGAUCAGGACCAGCUGAGCUGACCAUGCCUCCGACCCGCCUCUGUCCACCGUUGCCCCUCCUUCCAUCGCCCCAUCGCACACUACCCCACUACCCCACACACAGGUCGGUUCUCUCGACAAGAAGGACACCAACGUUGGGUCCGGUCUCGUCGGUGCACCCGCAUGCGGUGAUGGUCAGUCACCCGCCGACAGAGCCCAGCGCUCGGUCACUCCGGACGGACGAGCCACGAAUAUGCUGACGUCGUCGUGCAACCUCUCUCUCUCUCUCUCUUGCACAGUCAUGAAGUUGCAGAUCAAGGUCGAUGAGAACGGCAUCAUCUCGGACGUCCGAUUCAAGACUUUCGGCUGCGGAUCCGCCAUCGCCUCGUCUUCCUACAUGGUUCGUCCUCGGCCAUCGUGGCAGACUCUUCCCACCCUUCCUUGCAACCCCACCAAGGGCUGACUCGACCUUGUUCCUCCCUGGACUUUCAUCAGACCGAACGAGUCAAGGGUAUGACCCUCGACCAAGCCGGCGCGAUCAAAAACACCGAGAUCGCCAAGGAACUGUGCCUCCCGCCCGUCAAGUUGCAUUGCUCCAUGUUGGCCGAGGACGCCAUCAAGGCCGCCAUCGCCGACUUCCGUCAGAAGAAGGAACAGGCCGCCGCGAAAAAGAUCGAUGUGUCUAGUUUGGGAGCCAAGGACGCCGGCGCUCAGGCCAGUACGACCACUUGA